AUGACCACGGGGAACUGGAGCACAGUGACUGAGUUCACCCUGAUUGCCUUCCCAGCUCUGCUGGAGCUUCGAAUAUUCCUUUUUGUAGUGCUUUUGUUGACUUACACGUUAACAGCAACAGGAAACAUUAUCAUCAUUUCCCUAAUAUGGACCGAUAAUCAUCUCCAAACCCCAAUGUACUUUUUCCUUAGCAACUUGUCCUUUCUGGAUAUUUUAUACAUUACCGUCAUUACCCCAAAGUUGCUAGCCUGCCUCCUAGGAGGGGAUGAGACCAUAUCCUUUGCUGGCUGCAUCACCCAAACAUAUUUCUACUUCUUCCUGGGAACAGUGGAGUUUAUCCUCUUGGCCGUAAUGUCCUUUGACCGCUACGUGGCCAUCUGUAACCCCCUGCGCUACACCAUCGUCAUGAACAGCAGGGUCUGCCUCAUGUUGGUUCUGGGCUGCUGGGGGGGCGCCUUCCUGUCUGUAUUGGUGCCAACUAUUGUAGUGACCAGGCUGCCCUAUUGUAACAAAGAAAUUAAUCACUUUUUCUGUGACAUUGCCCCCCUUCUACAGGUGGCCUGUGUAGACACUCACCUCAUUGAGAAGAUAAACUUUCUCCUCUCUGCUCUUGUCAUCCUGAGCUCCCUGGCAUUCACUACUGGGUCCUACAUCUUCAUCAUCUCCACCAUCCUCCUCAUCCCCUCAGCCCAAGGCCGCCACAAAGCUUUUUCUACCUGUGCAUCUCACAUCACUGUCAUCUCCAUCGCUUAUGGAAGCAACAUCUUUGUGUAUGUGAGACCCAAUCAGAACAAUUCAUUGGAUUUUGACAAGAUAGCUGCUGUCCUCAUUACAGUGGUGACCCCUCUUCUGAACCCUUUUAUUUAUAGCUUGAGGAAUGAAAAGGUAAAGGAAGUGUUGAGAGAGACCAUGAACAGAAUUGUGUCCUUGAUACUCAGGAGAACUUGA